UUUCUUUAUCUUCUUCUGAAACACCUCUCUCCUUGAUAAUUCCUAACCUGAUGUCCCCUUCUGAGUCCCCUAGCUGUAUCUGAUCUAGCCCCUUUGAACAGUUUGUUCAGUGUAGCUAGUAAAAUGUGAUUACAUGGGAGUCCCAGGCACAGUAAGGUUGGUUACAUUGUUUUCUUAAAGUCAAGAUAAAUUUAAACAAGUUGAGUACACAGGAAGAAAGCAUACUGGGUACAUAGUUUUAAAUGGAUGAGAAGUUGGACAAAAGUUCAGUUUCUGAAGGCCAGCUGACAAGGCAUUUCCAGAAAUCAUUCCCACAGUGACUGUAGCCGAGUGGUGUCAGGGUAUAAAGGAACCACCCAAGGGGCUCAGACCGCACAGCACAGAGCCUUUUUGAAGUCUUGUCAUCUCCCUGUGGUUCUAAGCACCAGACUUGUGCACCAAACCCUCAGGAGCCAUGCUGCUGUUGCUGACCUUGGCUCUCCUUGCUGGUGCCACCUGCAGAGCCCAGAAUAUACUGGGCAAUAAUAGAGGCGGCAAAUAUUUCUACGUUCAUGGUGAAGAGAAGGGGGAAAUCAAGACCAUCCGGAUCUUCUAUUCACUAACGAGACUCCUCAAGGGCAUCCAGCUGCAGUUUCACAAUCACUGGAGUGAUGUUUAUGGAGGCCAUUCAGCAAGUUAUGAAGAGUUUCAUCUGAAGGAUGGAGAGCAUGUAAUAAAGGUACAAGGCAGUGUGGGAAUCUGCCUGAACUCUCUGACCUUCAUUACCAACAAGGGGACUGAGUUUACCUUUGGAAAAAAACGUGGCCGUCUAAUUGGGGCAAGUGGAGGUCCAGACAAGCAUCUACAGACUGUCAAUGGCAUGUACUCAAUGCUCUGCCUCCGUGGGAUAGGCUUCAAAUGGACUCAUGGACCAGAGAAGCCUCAAAGAGAACCAACGGUCAUCCCUGGCCCUGACAAAGAGAAGGAAGAUAGCAAAGAUAAAGACAAAGAUGAAGACGACAACGAUGAUGAUGGUGAUGAUGAUGAUGAUGAUAAUGAUGAGGACGAUGAUGACAACGAUGAUGAUGAUGAUUAAGAUGACAAGAAGGAAGAUGAAAAAGAGUCCUAGUGGACUCAGAUCUCAGUCCUGCAUCCCCAUAUUGUAUGACCUCUCAGUCAAGCUCACCCACCUGGAGGGACCAGUGUCCUAGGUGACCCUGGGCUGGAGGAGGCAAAUCCCAAAAGACCCUGUAUCUCUGUGUCCAAUAAACUCCGUGCAUCCAUAU